UGCGCAGUGACAGUACACGAAGAACCGCCUUCCAGCUCUUGUAAUGGAUGCGCCAUGUAUGCUUGUUAUGGUUGUUUGGAGUAAUUUAUGUUCCAGAGGGUCAAUCUGAAGUGCCACCGUGAUGCCGGGCGAAGUGAAAUUAACCCGAAAGCUCGUACUUGCGAGGGCUAAAGCGUCGGAUCUUGAAAGUGUGAAGAAGUUAAACUGCUGGGGAUGCAACCUGACCGAUAUCUCCAUUUUCGCUGAGAUCCCUAAUAUUGAGGUGUUAACUCUGAGUGCCAACAAGAUCUCAUCACUGGAACACAUAUCCGGCUGCCAGAACCUCACAGAGCUCUACCUGCGCCGUAAUGACAUCCAGGCCCUUUCUGAGCUGUGCCACCUGAAGGGCUUGGCGCGGCUGCGGGUUCUGUGGCUGGCAGAGAACCCGUGCUGCGAGGCUGACCCAACAAAGUACCGGCUCACUGUGCUACGGACCUUGCCAAGCCUGCAAAAGCUAGACAACCAAGUGGUGACUGAGGAGGAGCUGGCCCAGGCACUAGAGGAUGGAGAGGAGCUCAUCUCCCCACUGGAGCCCACCCCUUCCCCUUCACAGUCCACUAAUGGCACGAUGGAGCCAGACUCCGAGAACGACCCUCUGAACUACAGCAUGGAGGAGACCAAUAAGAUCCGGGCGGAGCUGGGCAUGAAGCCGCUGCCAAGAGACAAAUUCUCCUCGUUCUCGUCCCCCAGGGAGUCUGGAGCUGUCUCCAGGAGAAGGAGCCACACACUUGAAGCGGUGCUUUUGUUACUGAAGGACCUUGACACGGAAGAGCUCAAGGUCGUCCAAGCUGCCACAGAAAACAAGAUACGAUCCCGCACCCGACUAAAGGAGAAGAAAGCGCUGGUCCAGGCUUAAGUUAACAAGCUGGUGGAAACCAUUUUCGUUCCCCCAAUGGAUGUCUGAGCAGCUACAUUACCAACACACGACUAAAGAAUGAGAAAAUGCACUAUUUAUACAGUGACACUAAUAACUAUCUAUCUUACUGUGUGACAUUUUACUGUUUUAUUUUGCCUUUACAAAUUAAAAUCACGCAACAUACACAAGUUCAUUCCAUCAGCACUUAAUCACUCAUCAUUUCCUAAAAUACCAAAAAAAAAAUACACAUGUAUUGUCGGAGAACA